AUGGAAGAUUCUCAGAGUGAGCAUCAGUGGAUGAUACUGCACCACCACAGCGAGAAGAAAGAGCUGCAGGCCAGCAUCCAGGCCAUGAAGAGUCUGGUCCCCAAGAACGACAAGAAGAGAAGAAAGCAGUUGCUCCUAGAUGUGGCCCGCCUAGAAGCUGCGAUGGAGCAGAAGCACCAGCAGGAGCUGGAGAAAUUUGAAGAGAGUUUACCAGAUAACAGCAGCAUCGCUUCUGUCACUGAAGAUCUUAACAAGAUGGAUCUCGAGAACCAGCCUCCCCACGUCUCUAGGGCUCAGAGAAGGUGCAAAAGAAAGGCAGCCCUCGAGAGAGAGCCCGAGGCGAGAAUCACCAAGGCUGAGAUGGAGCAUCUGGCCAGCUUCCACCAUGAGGAGGAAGAGAAGCUUGCUGCCAUCCUGUGGUCCAAGAAUCUGGAGAUCAGGGCUAUCCCGGCCGACCACCACUGCAUGUACCAUGCCAUCUAAGACCAGCUGGUGUUCUCUAUGACCGUGGAGAGCCUGUGGGGCCGCACCGCUGAGUACCUGCGGAAGCACGUCGACGACUUCCUGCCCUUCUUCAGCGAAACUGAGACAGGCAGUGCCUACAGCCGUGACAACUUCAUGAACUAUUGCGACAACAUCGUGUGCAGAGUAUCGUGAGGAGGCCAGCUUGAGCUGAGGGCCCCGUCGCACGUCCUGCAGACCCUCAUUGAAGUGAUCCAGGCCAACUCACCCAUCGUUGUCGUUGGGGAGGAGUACACCAGGAAGCCACUGACCCUCGUCUACAUGCGCUACACCAGCAACCUCGGGGAGCACUACAACUCGGUGAAGCCAAUCAAGGCCAGCGCUGCUGGGGGCCUAACCCCACCUCUCUUCUAG